AACUGCAAUGCUAUAUUAAAAAAAAAAAAAAAAAUGGAGAUUGAAAAUUUUAUCUUUGACUGUGCGCUGACAUCUCAUUGGUUACAAUCGUUUCGUCUGCAGCGUAUCAACAAACUCAAACUGAAGCGCUGUUUACGUGUAGCCGGAAAAGGCUUGCAAGAGAUAACGUGUGUUUGCAUUGACAUUUACUCAACUGUUAUCGUUUGUUUUCAUUAUGUAAACCAUUUUAUUUGUUUUAAAAUUAAUGUAGAGAAACUGCUAUCUCUGUGACUGUGGUUUAUUGAGAGCAAGUUUGGAUAAGAUAAAGUUUGGCCCAUUUCGUAGGCACUUUAUCGUUGCUGUACAGUGACAGCACACACUGUUUACUUUGCGUCUCAACCUGUUCGCUUUCGUUGCAAGUAAGAAGGAAGAAACACAUGGACUUGCCAGCUAGUAAUAAUGAUAACAUUCAGGUCAUUCAAAUGAGAAAAGAUGAUGUGGAAGAAGGCAGAUUUCUCUCUCUCACACAAUUAUUCGAAGCAAAGUUCAUGGAGAAGCCAUCAUUCUACGUCCGCGUUCCAGGAAGAGUCAAUAUCAUUGGAGAACACAUAGAUUACUGCGGCUACUCUGUGUGUCCCAUGGCAAUUCAGAGGGAUAUUUUAAUGGCUGUUAGUCCAUCAGAAAGCAAGAUGCUGCAGCUGUGUAAUACUGACUCCAAAUGUGAAGAUUUAACCUGCUCUAUUGACAAUAUCAAAAUUGAAGUAGAAAAGGGCAAACCUCCAGAAUGGUACAAUUACUUCCUGUGUGGUGUGAAAGGAAUUAUGGAUAUUCUGCCAGACAAGACUUCAGUUGGAAUGAAUGUAGCAGUUACUGGUAAUAUUCCCUGGGGUUCUGGUUUAUCCAGUUCAAGUGCACUAGUAAGUGCUGCAGCACUUGCAACAGCUCAUGCAAAUAAGGUUAGUAUGAAAAAAGUGGAGAUUGCAGCAUUAUGUGCCCAUGCGGAGAGAUAUAUCGGAACACAAGGUGGUGGUAUGGACCAAGCAAUAGCAUUCUUAGGGUCAAGAGGAUCUGCCAAGCACAUUGAAUUCAAUCCUUUAAGAGCUGAAAACAUUAAGCUUCCAAGUGGCGCAGUUUUUGUCAUAGCUCAUUCUCUUAGUGUUGUGAAUAAAGCUGCAACACAUGACUACAAUUGUCGUGUAGCAGAAUGCCGUUUAGCUGGCCAGAUUAUAGCAAAAAAACAUAAUUUGAAAUGGAGAGAGAUAUCUCAGCUGUCUGAUCUUCAGAAGAAAAUUGGAUUAAGUCUUGAAGAAAUAUCUGAAGUUGUGUGCAGUGCAUUACAUGAAGAGCCAUACACGAAAGAAGAGAUUUGCAACGAGCUUGAGGUGAGUGAAGAAGAGCUACACGAGUACUCUCUGACUAACAACACCACACACAUCAGCAAAUUCAAACUUCGACAGAGGGCCCUCCAUGUGUUUCAGGAGGCAGCCCGUGUGAAGAACUUCUGUGCAGUUUGUCAGUCUGAAGCAAGUGAUGAAGAAAAACUGGUACAGCUGGGAAAGCUUAUGAGAGAGAGCCAUCAAAGUCUGCAGCAUUUGUUUGAGUGCAGUCAUCCUUUGCUGGAUGAAGUUGUUCUCUUGGGAGAAAAUGUGACACUGGGGUCUCGACUAACAGGAGCUGGAUGGGGUGGCUGUACUGUUGCUUUAACAACACAAGAUUCAUACAAAAAAUACAUAGAGAAAUUGAAAACCAAUUUCUAUGCCAAACACAGUGAAAUACAAAAUAUUGAUACACUUGUAUUUGCAACAGAACCAAGUGAAGGUGCUGAAGUUUAUGUGGUUGCUUAAAAAGAGGGGAUAGAAAUUAUCGAUAGCAUUCCUGUUUAAUUCUGGAAUGAUCACUACGCUUACCUUAAUCAAAGGAAAUAAUAUGGCUUUAAAUGAUACACAUAUAUAUUUUCAUAAAGUACUCUAUGCACUGAAGUAACUGCUAUUAUGAGCUGUGCCAUUAGAUAAAAUGCUCUUACUUAUGAAAAUCAUGUAUGCUUCUAUGUGAUGGCAGUAAAACAAAUUUGAAACACUUUCAGGUUAGAGUACGGCUGAGGUAGUAGAAAAAAAGAAAAGGUAAUUUUUCUUCUCAGUGUCUGUUCCACAGUGUAUACUGCGAACCUUCUUAAAAAAAAAAUCAAACUUGUGUCGAGCUUUCCAGUAUAUUUUUACCGUGUAUGAGAUAUGCAGAAAGGUUUCCCUCUAAGGUCAUCAAUAAGUUACGUGUGUUUCCACCGAGUGAAGAAAGAGUGAUUGAUGAUGCACUGGACUCACAUUUAGGAGGAGUGGUGAUCAAACCCUUAUGUGGACAUCCAGGUUUAGACUUGUCAUGAUUUCUCUGAAUUACUUGAGGAUAAUGUCACAGUAGUUCCUCUGAAAAAGCCACUGCUGAUUUGGCAUCCAGUCCUUGCUCACUCUGAGCUUGUGCUCUGAGGACAUCAUCAAUGAAACCAGUCUGUAAACCUCCUUUUAAAACCUUAGAGCAAGUUAUGUUUGCAUGAACUUUGCAUGAACUUUAAAUUUUGACAUUGUGUCCAUUCUGUUUUACUUUGAAGUUUUUGUUAUUUACUGGCCUUAUCAUGUUAAAUAUAGCAGAAGUGGUGAGUUGCCCACAGACAAAAGAAAACAAAAAUUUGCCAGCUUUUGGAAUAAAUCCCUUUUGAGCUAGAGUACAAACACACACACACACACACACACACACACACACACACACACGCGCAUGCGUGCGUGCGCACCCAGGCAUGCAAACCUGUGUCCAUCCAUUGUAUGAGCUGUGUUCAGGCAGCACAUCUCCUUUACUCCUGAAGUAUUUGCGUGGUGCCAGGACUUUCCUCACUGAACCCAUUUGCCACCAUAUCAUCACUCUGAAGAUUAAUUUCCUCAACAUUAUGUUCAUGGUUCAGUGCUUCAUUUGGUACUUGAAUGCUCUAUGUAAAGUAACACAACACUCCUAUGUUGCACUACUUCUAAUUUUUGACAAAAUAAUUUAAUUAGAUAGAUAAAAAUCUACUCACCAAGCAGCAGCAGGGAAAUGCACACGUGAAAGACGGUUAAUUCUAAUUUCUAUUUUUUAAUUUAUUCUUACUGUUCCCUUUCUAAUUACUGUUUCUGUUAUCUGUUUUGCACAGUAAUCUGCUGUUUUCCAAUCUUUCUGGAUAUGUUUUUCUCAGUUGCAAUCCUAUGCUGGUUUUUGACAUUCCAUAUACUUCACAAGUCUAGAUAAUCUCAUCCUUUGUUGUAAUAUCUGUGUUCCUAAUCUGAUAAUUAUUCAUUAGUUUUGGUAAGGUGGUUUUAAUUUUUUAAAUUCAUGUUACCAUUGCUACCACUUUCGUGUCAGUAAAUCACUGAGAUACAUAAUGUUCCUCCCUUUUGUGUAUGAUUCAUAUUAUCAGAACAUUAGAUGCCUGCAUGUAUGAAAAUGUAAAUUUUCUUAGUGGUGUGUCCCUAGCAACAGCCAGAUUGGAUGUAGUAUUCAAAUAGUAAUACACAUGUGAAAUGUGGUGUACAUGAGGGGAGAGUUAUUGAGAAAACAUAACAGAAUAGAAAACUUACUUAUAAACUGAAUUGUAAUUACAAGCAUGAGUUUCAAGCUGAUUUUUUCAGUUUGUAGGUGUGAUAGAAUCUACCUCUGUUAAAAAAUCACAGCUAGUCUAUGUUACGUCAGGGGAGUAAUGAUAAAUAUGAAGUCCCAAGUAUAAAACACAUGAAACUUUUAAGUCUGUUGGAUAGACACAGCUAUUAUUAAACUGUGAAUGUAUGUAAAUAGAGCUGGCAGUAAAUAGAGCUGGCAGAUCAUUUUAGUUGGAAACCAGGAAAAUUGUGAGCCUGAUUUGUGGUUUUGAGUGAUAUUUUGUUUUGAGAUUGUUUGUGACACAAUUUGUAUCUCCAUAUGUAAACCAUCUGGAUUCAAAUAAAGCAUAAUUAUAAUGUA